AUGAAAAAAAUAAAACAAGCCGUCAAGCCGUCUGCUGCAAAAAGAAACGCCCCGUGUCAUAAGUUUUUUCCUGGUGGCCUGAAGGAGGAUGGAGACAAAGAUGUGACCGAGACGGCAUUAAGAGAAAUGAAUGAAGAGAUUGGUGUUAAUCCUAAAGACGUUGAUGUUUGGGGUAAACUCAUCCCACUUCCAAACAGAACAGGAGAUGCUUUAGCAACAGGAGUAGUUGCUUUUAUCAAAAACGUGGAUGCCAGCAAACUAAAUGAACAGUGUAACAAAAAGGAGGUAGAGCUAGUCUUCACUGUACCGAUAUCUGAACUUUGUGACCCAACCAACAACAGUUAUACAAGGUUUGAUCCCCCAAAGUCAACAAAGAAGGGGCCGUACACCAUGCCUGUAUUUAAAGGAAGCGGUUUUCAUAUAUGGGGAUUGACUGCAUUGUUCACUGACAUGACACUCAGGGCACUGUUACCUAAAUACAUGUGUACAAAAUCAAUCUAUUUGUGAAAACUUGUAAACAACUUUGUAAACCAUAAUAAUAAUAAUGACAGUCUUAAAUAGCGCAUUUCACAUUAAACCCUCUCAAUUCGCUUUACA